UUGUCAUAUUAUAAAUUUCGGACCUGAAGGGACGAGCGGAGGCCCUCAAGAGCGUGCAACGAUUUCCUGUCGCUGCGACCUUGCGGUUCUAUUGCUGGGAUUCGAGCCUUAUCAAUUUCGCAGUGCAUCCGCGUACCUCAGCUAGAAGCGGCGCGCCAUGGCGAAGCGCCAGGCGUGCCCAGCAGUGCUCACGCUCGCGCUGGCGAUCCUCGCCGCAGCCUGCGUGGAUGGCGCCCUGUUCAGCGGCGGCAGCAGCGGCCGUGUGUCGGGCGGCGGCGCAGACUGGCCGGGCCCCUACCGGCCCGACAAGCCCGACUCGGAUGCCCCGCUGCUGCCCAUGCACAGCGGCGACACCAUCACCUUGCGCUCCCUGGCCCUGGACGCACCCUGCGCCGCGGCCGACGUGCCCGCCACCGACUCGGAGCCGGCGCUGCACGCCGCGCUGGCCUGCUCUGGCCCGGACCAAGAGGACAGCAGCAGCAGCAGUAGCACCCAGGCCGCCGCCGCGGCGCCCUCCUCCGGCCCGCUACUGGUGAUCGGCGGCGACUUCAUGACCGACACGCUGCGGGCGGGGUCGUCCGUGUUCUACCUCAAGAGCCAGACCACCAACCGCUUCUGCGCGCCGCAGCCCGUGCCGGCAGCCGGUGUCAGUGGCGGCGGCGGCGGUGGCGGCGGCCCCCUGGUGGUGCUGUGCAACAAGAUCCACUACGACGCCUCCUGCCGCUGGGUGGCCACACUCAAGGCCGCCGCCGACCCCUUCGUCCAGUCCGGCGCCGUGGGUGCGGACGCGGACGCGCCUGCCGGCGCCGUCACGCUGUUCCUGCACCCCGCGCCGCGCUCGCGCUCCUCCGCUGACGGCGAGGUGGUGGAGCUGGCGGGCUGCGAGCCGCGCGGGCGCCGCGGCGUGGUGGUGUGCGGGCGGAGGGUGGACGCGCAGGGGCCGGCGGCGGAGUUCCAGGUCACCGCGACCGGCGGCGGAGGCUACCGGCCUGGCCCUGGCGGCGGCGGCGACUACCCCAGCGGUGGUGGCAGCAGCGGCGGCGGUGGCGAUUACCCGGGUGGCGGCGGCGACUGGCCAGGUGGCGGCGGCGACUGGCCGGGUGGCGGCAGUGGCGAAAUCCCCGGCCUGCCCGAUGGUUACGACAUCCCGGACGGCAGCGGCUGGCUGGCACGUGGUGGCGCGGGCCGCAGCGGCGGCGGCUACCGGCCGGACCAGAAGAAGGGCCGCAAGCUGCCCCUGCACAGCGGCGCCACCGUGCUGCUGACGUGGCCCUCGCGCGACAAGGCCUGCGACACGCCGCCCGACCCGCAGCCCUGGCUGGCGGCCUCCUCCUCCUCCUCCUCCUCCUCCAACCCCUCCACCCCCUCUGCCGCCUGCCCGCUGAGCGGCCUGGUGAAGCGCCUGGCCGCCGCCCUGGGCCGCCGCCUGGGCCUGCAGCAGGCGCCGCUGCAGGCGCCAGAUGCCACCGCCACCACCACCGCCACCACCACCGCCACCACCAGCACUAGCGCCGCUUCGGCUGGCUCUAACGCACCCGCUGACGCCGACGGCGACGCCGUGUCCUGGCCUGAUGGCGGCGGCGGAGACGACUACUACGACGGCGGCGGCGGCGGCGGCGACCUGCGCCACAUGGUGGUGUACUGCAACGCCAGCAGCGACCCCGGCCCGCCCCAGAGCUACCCGCCCUAUGCCGCCAGGACGACGGCGGCGGCUCCCGCCGGCAGCAGCGGCGGCAGUGACAGCGGCGGCCUGGCUUCCUCGUGGCGGCAGCGGCUGGGAGCGGUGCUGGGGCGCCGGGCGGCGGGCGCCGGCUCGGGCGCGGCGGCCUUGUCCAAGUCGACGUCGGCGGUGGGCGGUCCGGGCGGCUCGCAGUGGGACACGGCCGGCUUUGUGCUGCUGGGCGCCGACUUCGCCAGCUACGAGGUGACUGACGGCGGCGAGGUCUUCCUCAAGAACCAGAACAGCCGCAAGUUCUGCCGCCCCGCCGGCUCUGGGCGCAAGGACGCCGCCGCCGGGCUGGUGCCGGGCGAGCUGGUGUGCGACGCCAUGACGUCGGGCGAGGACACCCGCCUGGUGGUGGAGCUGGCGGAGGAGGAGGAGGACGAGGAGGACCAGGAGGCGGUGAUGAUGGAGGGGGCGGAGGAGGAGGAGGGCCGCGGCCGCCGGCUCCUGCACAGCCGCGAUGAUGAUGACGAUGACGACGAUGAGGACGAGGAUGAGGAGGAGGACCACGACCAUGAUCAUGACCACGACGAGAAUGAUGACGAGGAUGACGACGAGGAGGAUGACGAGGAGGAUGACGAGGAGGAUGACGAGGACGAGGAUGAGGAUGAGGACGAGCACGAGGAGCACCGCCAUAACAAGCACGGCCACAGCAGCAAGCAGCCGAAGGGUGUGUCGGCCUCGGCUGCGGACGGCGGUGACUGGCCUUCGGGCGGCGACGGCGACUGGCCUUCGGGCGGCGGUGGUGACUGGCCUUCGGGCGGCGGCGGCAAGGGUGGCAAGGCUACGACCGUGCUCGUGUGGCUGCGGCUGCCAGGCAGGAAUGGCAGGUACUGUGUGCCCGACCACAGCCGCCGCGGCUCCCCCAUCGUGUGCGACAUGCGGCGGCCCGGCCCCGCCGCCACCCUGCGCCUGGAGGACGCCACCCCCGGCGGCGGAGGCUGGGGGCCGCCCUACGCCGCCUAGAGGGGGCGGGAACGCAGGCGGCGACUGGUUGCAGAGAGGGAGGGAGGCGCGUUCGUCUUGGGCGGUGUGGGCGAGGCCUUUGCCCGGCUGCUUGCAUUGGGGCGGCGCGGCAACUGCGGCUCCACACAGGCGGCCUGCACGGCGCGGCCCCAGUGCAGCCUGGUGGCACCCAGAAUACUGGGCACACGCACAGAAGAGCUUGCGGUACCCUGGAGUCGGGGAGGGCCGCCAGGAUGGAUUGCGCCGCGUGUUUAGGCACAGCGGUCUUUGCCGUCAUGCAUGCUUCCGCGCAACACGGCACGAUGUGCGGUUAGUUGGUUAUCAGUAGCAUCUACGGCUGGGUACUAGCGCAAUGUAUCCGUGUUCUGGGAAACGUGCUGCUGCUGGGUACACCAAUAAACGUGCGUGCUAGGGGGUCAUAAACUAUUUACGGCAGCCCCUUGGCGCCUUAUGCCCAUUGCCCUACUGCCAUGGAAGCGCAUUAUGGACGGUAUUAAUGUGUGGGCCCCAUUCCCGGCUUCGGCAGUUGUUAUAGAGUCUCUUUAUGUGCGUGGCGCUCUGUGUGUGUGUGUGUGUGUGUGUGUGUGUGUGUGUGUGUGUGUGUAUGUGUGUGUGUGUGUGUGUGUGUGUGUGUGUGUGUGUGUGUGUGUGUGUGUGUGUGUGUGUGUGUGUGUGUGUGUGUGUGUGUGUGUGUGUGUGUGUGUGUGUGUGUGUGUGUGUGUGUGUGUGUGUGUGUGUGUGUGUGUGUGUGUGUGUGUGUGUGUGUGUGUGUGUGUGUGUGUGUGUGUGUGUGUGUGUGUGUGUGUGUGUGUGUGUGUGUGUGUGUGUGUGUGUGUGUGUGUGUGUGUGUGUGUGUGUGUGUGUGUGUGUGUGCGCGGAGUCAGCAGUUGCACAAUUUGCUUGUGCGGAGUUUUGCAGGUCCAAGUGCCGCAGUCCAGAUUUUUUUUGCAGAAUCUACUGCCUUCACCAAAUAUUCGUAGUUGUUAUGGUUGCCGUGGUGCCGCUGAUACGGCACGAGGAGAGAGCCAGAGAGGGCGUGCCGUGGUGUUGGUUCUAUGGUUGCACCCAUUGCGUCGUUGACGGUUCUGAGUAACCUUUAUCUGUACAGGAACUAACUCGGUGCAGUGUAGCCACUAGCCAGCAGCAACUGACACCGAAUGCCUUGGAGUACCGCGGUUAACGCUCCUAGUAAGCUGGCAGCCCGGUGGCCUGCGGUUUCACCAUUCGCCCCCCCGAUGGGCAGCCGACUGGGACUCCGCGUAGCGGUGUACACGCCUCAGCAGUAUGAUGCACCACCGCAGACACCAUUGGCAGACAGAAGCUUCCAGUACGGCAGCUUUGACAGAAGCUGGGGUCUAUUAGCCUAUCAGGUGAGAGCUGAUGACUUGGCGAUGGGGAUAGGGGCAUUGCACGCUGCCUUGGCCCUCCUUGGCUCAGCUGCUGGAGGGUGAUGUCGGUUAGUCGGUAUGCCGGCCGGCCGGGACACCGGACACGGUAAUGGAAUGUGUGGAACUGUGGAUUGUAGGAGCGUGGAUUAUGUAUAAGAGCAGUGUCGGAGUGAAGCCGCGAAGGACAUGGCAUGGGAUUUGUGCUCGACAGACUGGACAGACACGCUUCAGACACGAUGCCGGCAGGCACCCGCAGGCACCUAGCACGCACUGGGUUGAUGUAGUACAGGCGCGGCCCCCUGGCAGAGUAAUAAAGGCGAGAGUUGCUAUGCCGUGCCCCGUUCUCGGCGCCGGAAAGUGGAGUCAAGCUUGUGGCAUGAUACCUGAUACGCAGCCCAACGAUGCCUCCCACUGGCACGGUAACUCUGGCGUU